AUGACACAGGUCAACAAUCAACUGAACCCAGAAACUGGAGGAGAGAGAGGCAGGGGGAGAGCAGCCCUCAGGGGAGAGCAGCCCUCAGGGGGAGAGCAGCCCUCAGGGGAGAGCAGCCCUCAGGGGGAGAGCAGCCCUCAGUGGGAGAGCAGCCCUCAGGGGGAGAGCAGUCCUCAGGGGAGAGCAGCCCUCAGGGGGAGGCCGGAGGUAGAAGGAAAAGAGGGAGUAGAGUUGCUAAAGGGCCUCCCCAAGCCCUCUGACGCUCCAAGUAGGAUAUGCCCCAGACUGGGCCCCACUGGUCCCCCUACAGCUCAUCUCUGCACUGAAGCUCCAGACUGGGACCCAGCUGGUCCCCCUACAGCUCAUCUCUGCCCUGAAGCCCCAGACUGGGACCCAGCUGGUCCCCCUACAGCUCAUCUCUGCACUGAAGCCCCAGACUGGGACCCAGCUGGUCCCCCUACAGCUCAUCUCUGCCCUGAAUCCCCAGACUGGGACCCAGCUGGUCCCCCUACAGCUCAUCUCUGCCCUGAAGCUCCAGACUGGGCCCCACUGGUCCCCCUACAGCUCAUCUCUGCACUGAAGCUCCAGACUGGGACCCAGCUGGUGCCCCUACAGCUCAUCUCUGCCCUGAAGCCCCAGACUGGGACCCAGCUGGUCCACCUACAGCUCAUCUCUGCCCUGAAGCCCCCGACUGGGACCCAGCUGGUCCCCCUACAGCUCAUCUCUGUCCUGAAGCCCCAGACAUUCACAGAGGAGAUGAGACAGCAGCAGGCAGCCCUGAACAUCUUCAUCAGGAAGAAGGCUACUCAACUGGACGUUAACACACUGGAGGAUAAACUACACACCUCUACAACAGGCUGCUGCCAUGUUCAGUGGACUGCAAACAAUCCCAAGAAGCAGAAGCCCUGUGGGAACAGAAUGUCCCUCAUUUAGGUAAAUCAAUCUGUGUUCUGGUGUUGGAGGACGCCGUGGGAGAAUCUCAUUUACAUACUCCUCACGUCCUCUCUACUUCUCUAAACCGAUUGGAGGAGGUCAGAGGGGAUGGACCUCUGGCUUUCUCAUCCAAUGGGCUUUGAGGAGGCAAGGAGAGAGGAUGCCAGGAGUAUGUAAAUGAGAUUCUCCCAGUGUGCAAUUUGGGUGAGCUGCUGAGGAGCCUCCACAAGACCUCUGACCCCCAGCAGGCCAUAGGGAGUCACAGCAACCUGGGGUUACCUUGGAGACGGAACAGGAAUCUGGAUGUAACCUGCCAACAGAAUGUCAAUAAAGAAUUACCCUGAAGGCCCAGAAUGUUAACCUGACGACUUCUUGACGACAGUACAAGAAUUGAGCUGAAGGUACCUUCAUACUGGCACUAUCACCAUGCGGACCUA